CACUUCCGUCGCAUCCAAUUUGCCCCCUUCAGAAAUGGCGGUUCGGCUCCGGGUCUCUCCCGGGGCCGCCCCGGAGCCGCUCCCGGUUCAGCUCCUGCCCUGCCGGGUGCAGCACGACGGGCCCGCGCCCGUGGCCGCCUUCCUGCGGGCCCGGCCCGGCCCCGGCGGAGAGCUCUGGGCCUCGUUCCGGGGGCGCCGCCUGGGGGGCCGGGAGCUGCCGCUGCCCCCCGGCUACAUGGGGGUCGUGCUGAGGGGGGGGGAGCCCGGAGAGCCCCCCCUGGGCGAGCCCGGGGACCCCCAGGCCGGGGGGGUGACGGUGACCGGGACCUUCGGGGCCAUCACGGACUGGGGGGGUGACACCGCCCCUCCCCCCGGCCGGGGCCUGGCCCGGGCCCUGCAGUGGGGACCCCUCGCCCAGGCUCUCCACGCCCCCGUGACUGAGGACAGUGAUGAGGAGGCGGAGCCAUGACAGGCCACACCCACCAGAGCCACGCCCCUCCCGGUGCCAUCAGCAGACCCAGCAUGGCUGAGGCCACGCCCACAAGUGGAGCCACACCCAGAAUGGGCAGAGCCUUUAAAGCCACACCCACCUCAUUAACAGCUGACCACACCCAGUGGGUGGGGCUUAUUUAACCCAGAGUGCCUGAAGCCCCUCCCAGUGUGGGUGGAGCCUGCGGAAACCCCACCCACUUUAAUUAAAAGACCAAAUCUGUUCAGAGGCUCCACCCACAAACAAAGCCAGUCUCAUUGUGGGUGUGGCCUCUCAAAGCCACACCCACACACAAAGCCACACCCAUGCACAAAACCACUCCUGCAGUGGGUGUGGCCUGAUAACACCCCGCCCCUUUCAUGGUCAAUAAAGGAUUUGCAGCGCCA